UAUUUUGAAAGUUAUCUCCGGAUCUCCUGGUGUUUUUCGUCGUCAGCUUGGCCCAGUAGCACUUGGUGAUGUUAGCCUGUUUUCUUGGACACUCCUAGCCUGUCAUCCCACUGCCACCGCUGACAGCCUCCACUCCCCUCUCGGGUAACCAUGGCCGAGCAGGCCCCGGGAACCGCUGCUUCGUCCCAGUAUGACGAGGUGCUCCAGCAGCGAAUGGCGGCUCUGGAGCAGGAAAAGAAUGAGUACGUCAGACUGAAGCAGCAGCUGGAGGUCGAGUUCAACCAGAAACGAGCCAAGUUCAAAGAACUCUACCUGUCGAAGGAAGAGGAGUUAAAAAGGCAGACAGCAGCGCUGGACGAUGCCCAGGUUGAACUGGGCUCCAUUCAGACCCAACUAUCUCAGGCCCGCUCUGAGAUAGAGACCAUCAAGGCCGUGGCCACUGUGUCUGAAAACACCAAGCAGGAAGCCAUCGACCAGGUUCGCAGCCAGUGGCAGGAGGAGGUGGCGUCGCUGCAGGCCAUCAUGAAAGAAACUGUGUGUGAGUACGAGGUCCAGUUCCACCAGCGCCUGGAGCAGGAGCGAGCCCAGUGGAACCAGUACAGAGAGGUGAAGGAACGUGAAGUGGGUGAUCUGAGACGCCGCCUCACUGAAGGUCAGGAGGAGGAAAACCUGGAGGACGAGAUGAAGAAGGCUCAGGAGGAUGCAGAGAAGCUGCGCUCAGUGGUGAUGCCCAUGGAGCAGGAGAUCACAGGCCUGAAGGCCAGACUGACCACAGCGGAGGAGAGGGUGAAAGAACUGGAGGCUUCCAAGGUCAAAGAGCUGAAUCACGUACUGGAGGCAGAGAAGUCGUGCCGCACAGACCUGGAGAUGUACGUGGCCGUGUUGAACACGCAGAAGUCUGUCCUGCAGGAGGACGCAGAGAAACUACGGAAAGAGCUACAUGAGGUCUGUCACAAACUGGAGCUGGAGCGACAGCAGCACAAUCAGCUGAAGCACACGUGGCAGAGAGCCAACGACCAGUUCCUUGAGUCCCAACGGCUCCUCAUGAGGGACAUGCAGAGGAUAGAGAGCGUGCUGUCAUCAGAACAGCUCCGCCAGGUGGAGGAGAUGAAGAAGAAAGACCAGGAGGAGGAUGAGAAAGAGAGGCUCAGCCAAGUGAAGGAGCUUCAGGAGGAGGACGGCGGAGACAACACCGAACCACUGGAGGACUCAUUCCUGGGACUGAGUGUGGAGGAGCCUCACACCAACCACAGUACCCACGGUUCAUUGCACUCUUUAGACGUGGACGUGGGUGGUUCCAUGGACCCUUACAAGGAAAACCUGCGGCGCGUCCAGUCCACAGACAGCCUCGGCUCCUCGCUGUCCUCCCAGCAGGGACUUGGUGGACACAACCACAAGGCCAAGUCGGCCAGCCACUUAGACGAGUCAGACUUUGGUCCCCUGGUGGGGGCGGACUGUGGCGUGACGGACACUAGUUUUGGCGAAACGUCGUCCAUCAGCUCCAUCAAGCUGACGGGGAGCCACUUCCUGCUCACCAAAGACCAGGAGAAGGCCAUAAAAGCCAUGACGCCAGAGCAGGAGGAGACGGCGUCGCUGCUGUCCAGCAUCUCGCACACAACCAACACAGCCUACUUACCUCCUGUGGGGUACAGACUGGUCAGCGACAGCGAGUGGAAUCUCCUGCAACAGGAGGUAAAAAACGCUGGCAGGAAGUUGGGCCGUCGCUGUGACAUGUGCUCCAACUAUGAGAAGCAGCUGCAGGCCAUUCAGGUACAAGAGGCUGAGACACGAGAUCAGGUAAAGAAACUGCAGGUGAUGCUGCGUCAGGCCAAUGAUCACCUGGAGAGGACGAUGACAGAAAAACAGAAUCUGGAAGAGUCGGUCAAAUCAGGGAACGAGGAAACUGCUGCAAAGGUUUCCACCCUCAUUCAGAGAGUGCAGGAAUCCGAAGCGCUGCUCAGCACACUACAACAGGCCUUCAGUGACGCUAAGAGGAACACGCAGGAACAGAUGGCGGUGCUGGUGAAGUCGAGGGAACAGGUAGCAGACGAACUCGGUCGACUGCAGAGAGACAACGAAAGCCUGCAGGGAAAACACCGGCUGCACGUAGAGCUGCAGCAGCAGGAGGAUUUUCUGAUGCCUUCUACUGUUCAAGAGCUGCAGACGCUGGUGCUGGGACUGCGCGAUGACAUGGUGUCGUUGCGAACGUCCGCCGAUCACAUGGAGGAGAAGCUGAAGGCUGAGAUCCUGUUCCUGAAGGAGCAGAUCCAGGCUGAGCAGUGUCUGAAGGAGAACCUGGAGGACACGCUGCAGCUGGAGAUCGAAGGCUGUAAAGAGGAAAUAGACAUCCUGGAAGCUUCCUUCUCCAGUUUGAAGACAGAGCUGGAGCGAAUAAAAGCCGAGAAGGAGCAGCUGGAGCGCAGUUUAGCAGAGAAGACAGAAACACUGGAGAACAUUCAGGGCCUGAGGAUCAGCCUGGAGCGUCAGCUUAAAGAGCUCACCGUGGCUAAGAGUGCACUAGAGAGUCAGGUCCUGGAUGAACGAGACAAAGCUCAGCGGUUGCAGACGGAGCUGGACGUCAGUGAGCAGGUUCAGAAGGACUUUGUCAAACUUUCCCAGACUCUUCAGGUACAGAUGGAGCGAAUACGACAGGCGGAAUCUUUGGAUCGAGUCAGAGUCAUCCUCAACGACACCAACUUAACUGACAUCAACCAGCUUCCAGAGACAUGAUACCACUGAGGGGGAACCACCUUCACUUUCAUUCCCCUCGUUCUCCAUCGCUGACCCCGUAACAGACUGAUCUGAUUCCUACUCCUCCUCCUCCUUCUCCUCUUCCUCCGCUUCUUCCUCACCAUAACCAUUGCGUCCAACUCUGGACCUAUGAGGACACACUAGGCCUGAGGGACUGGAGGCCUUUUCUGUACAUUAGAAAUCAUGGAACGCACCACAAACUGAAAGAUGAAGACGAAGAACACUACGUGCAAAAGAUGUAAAUAAGUGUAAUGAUGUGUGACUGUGGAUAGAGGGAGUGGACAGCCACCUCUCUGUGAGGGUCUUUCUGUGUCUUCGUUCUACUGUAGAUGAGACUUGUCUACAUUAGUCUCCACCUCCAAAAAAAAAAGGUUUGUUGUCCUGUGAAGCACUUUUCAUCUGCAACUCUCCAGGUUCAUAAAAAAACAGAAUUAAAUGACUUACAUUUCCUGUUCAUGUAGCAGUUGAUCAUUCAUCGGUCUUUUUAUCUCACUGGCUUGUUUGGUGUUUUUUUUUUGUUUUUUUGUCUUUGUUGCUUUUCCCUCUUUGUUCUGGAAAUUUCAAACUCCCAUGAAGGAUGGAAGAGAUUUGCACAUAACUUAAAUAACAAAGAACAAAUGGAAAUAACCCAAAAGUGAGCAGUAGCCUCUAUUUCUUUAACAUCGUCUUCUGUGUUUCACCCUCUGACAGUGGGUCAUUUUUUUUAAAGCUGCAGAAAUACAGUGAAGAAAAAUGUUGUUUUAAUUUGUUUUGUUUUUUCUAUCUCCCUUUGACUUACUACACUGAUACUGGAAAGGUUUUUUCUUGAUUUACUGUCAGAAUCCACACAAUGAAGGAAACUGUGGGGUCACAUGAAAUCAGGAUAAGACCACGUUUCCACUGCCAGUAAACAUCUCACUGCAGCGUAUCAGAGGUUUCACACUCACACUUGUCAAAUCUGUUGUAGGUUUAUUAAGAAAAGGAAUGGAAUAACAGUUGAACCAAAACAUCUCAACACAAAAAUGUAAAACCUUUAAUCAGAUUAAUCAUAUUUAGGCUGUGGAUAGAUUAUUUUUCAGCUUGAUUAAUUGUUAUUUAUCAUGAUUAUUCAAGAUAAUCAAUAUUCCUAAAUAUGACAACUUUUUCUGUAUAUCGCUGGAACAGAAAGACAAAUAACAGCAGGUAGAUGUAUGUGCUUCACAACUGUUUGAUUUUUACUAAUACAAAUGAUGGAAUUAUUUGCAUAGAAAAAUAUUUGAAAAUAUAAAUUAAAAUUUUUGCUCCAUAGAGUUGGUGGAUUUUAGUCAUUAAUGUGCAUCUUGAUGGUGAAUCAUCAAGAGUUGCUUUCAAAACUUUGCUGAAACCGUUUCCUCAACAACUUUAAUCAGUCAACAGUAACCCAAUGGACAACUGUCUCAGUCAACUUGUCAAACAUAGACUCACCUGCUGCACUGCGCUAUGUGAGGCUGGUCUGACGCAAGCCUGGUGUCUGACCUAAAGUUGAAGCCUCUGCAAACAGAUGAUGGCUGUUGAGGAGUUGGUAUUUGAAGCUUUAAGUGCUUGGGUGAAAUGAGUGUGUGUCUAAAUUACAUGUGCAUUGACUGUUAAUAGAAUGGCGAUAGUUGGGUGGAUGGUGGAAUUAUUGGUGUGUGACAUUCCGCGUCUGCUUGAGAGAUGAUUAAUUUUACAAAUUAUUUAACGCGUUAAUAGUUUAGAGCCGUUUUGGUCUUCUAUUGUCUAAUGUCUGCUGCCAGGGAUUAAAGGAAAUCAACUUUUCAUCAAA